ACUUUUGUAUGACAGGUUCAUAAAAACUUUAAACUUAUUUGGUUAAACUGAGAAGUGUAUGUAAAUUAAAUUAAGCCUCGACCCAUCUCCUAGAAUUGAGAAAUCCAUGUAAAUUAAUGUAAAUCUGGUGAUUAUAUUAGCUUUGAUUAUUAUUAUGAGGAUUUCUGAAUCUAAAAUACCAGUUAUCGCGGAAAGUAUUUUGAAACAAAUUGAAGCCCGCGUAAAAAAUACAAAUUCAAAUCAACUUUCAGAUGAAGAUUUGUUAGCUUUACAUUCCAUAUUCGGUGUAACUUUGCAAAGGUCGCUGGAAAUAUUAGAAAAGCACCCAAAGUUUAUAAUUUACACGAAUCCAAAAGGCCGAACAUUGAUCGAAGUUCAAGGGGACAACGGCCGCUGCUAUAGAGUGUUCCCGAAAAUAAACUUCUGUCCGUGUCUUGCUUUCAAAAACCUUGUUAUUGAACGGAAAACUGAGGUCACAUGUAAACACGUUUUGGCAGCUAGACUGGCCCAAAUAUUAGAGCGGACCAGCCCACAUUCAGUUACACAUGAUCAAUACCUGAUGUUAUUGAAGUCCAUGUUUGACCUGACAGAAGAAAAUGGCUGAAGAUUCAUCUCAAUACCAUUUCACGGCUAGCAUGGACUCCGGAAAGACUCUGUGUAGUUUAUUAAAAGCAAUACAGUUUCAAGAGGUAGUCUAUGAUGUGAAUACUGAGUUAUUUUUCUUAGUACAUUUGAAAUGCAUUUAAAUUCACUCAGAAGUAUUUUUGUUAUAUGUCUCCCAAUUAAUUAAUAGAAAAUAAAUUUGAAAUUUUUAUUUAAAAAAUUUAA